GAAAUUACAAUUGAACCCAGACAAGUGAAGGCGUGACCCUAGCCAUCUUUGAGAAUUGUUCAGUUCUUGAAGGAAAGCAGAGCAGAGAAGAGAAGAGAGUUUCAAGAAUGGGGAGCGAAGAGGAGAAGGGUGAAUUCUACUUGCGAUACUACGUGGGCCACAAGGGCAAGUUCGGGCACGAGUUUCUGGAGUUCGAGUUCAGACCCGAUGGCAAGCUCCGCUACGCGAACAACUCCAACUACAAAAACGACACCAUCAUCCGCAAGGAGGUUUACCUCAACCCUGCCGUUUUGCGUGAGUGCCGCCGUAUCAUCGCCGAGAGCGAAAUCAUGAAGGAAGACGACAACAACUGGCCCGAACCGGACCGAGUUGGACGGCAGGAGCUGGAGAUUGUGAUGGGGAACGAGCACAUUUCCUUCACCACUUCCAAGAUUGGAUCUCUCGUCGAUGUUCAGAGCAGUGCAGAUCCCGACGGGCUACGCAUAUUUUACUAUCUUGUUCAGGAUUUGAAGUGCUUUGUCUUCUCUCUCAUUUCACUUCACUUCAAGAUCAAGCCUAUAUAAUGUGUUUGCAAUAUUAUGCAUUCAUCCUCUGAGAAAUGUGUACUUGUUUAACAACCAUCACUUUUUUUUUUCUAAUGGAGUUUGACAUCUGAUAGUGACUUCAUAAUCAUGAAUAUGAUUUGGUUCUGUAUUGGUGGUUACAUGAAUUGCAACUUUUAGAUUUGAGGGUAUAGCCCUUGUACCAAAGUGUUGAUUGGAUUGGUUUUUGUGCAUGGGUUAGUUAUUCUUUCUUUCUUUUGCCUUCACAAUUGAAUAAUGCGAAAUGUUACAUUUGGAA